AAUGCACAUAGAAAAACCCACCAAUAUGAAAGUCAGAUCAAAGUCCUUGGCUUCUACUGCUGAUCUAUACUCCAUGGACAUGAGGAGUGCUUUCUCCAGGCCACAGGCCAACAACAUGCCACCAACAAAUGAGCUAUCUGUACUCCCCAACGCAGGCCUCAGAGACAAUGGCCUCCUGUCCUCACUAUGUCCACACAAUGAGUCAAACCGGCUCUAUAGACAGGACAUCCCAGUCGCUCAAGAGUCCUUGCUGAGGGAUGUGGGGCUAACUGUAUACACAGAGACCCCUGGUGGUCCCGGGGAGCCAAUGCAGCGCUCACUCUCAGUCCCAUCUCCACUCAGUCAUAAAGAGCUUAGUCAGUCAGUGCAGCCCUCGUGGGAGAGUAGGACAGCACUUAAAAAUGGUGGUAGCCCAGAGCACAACUCAAAUAAAGAGCUUCAAGCUGAGGUGGAUACACAGAGAAAGGCUAAAUCAGACAGUGGUCCUCCUUUCAGGGGUGAGGUGAAUUUACGCAUCUGUAGAUCCAGGAGUGAAAGCAGCAGAUCACCUCAGAAAGAAGCUUCACCACGCAUUACAAGGCUGAGCAGGGAGGUUUCCUUUGUGUUUGAGGACAGUGAUGGAAAUGGGAGAUAUGCCAUCUCUGAGCCUCUGACCUAUAAGAAUGAAUCAACAAUAGCAGAUAAGCAUCUGGAGAACUUGUUGAUUCAGGAGAAAGCCAAUGCUUUACCUGCAGAGGACCUCAGCAACCUGUAUGAGGUCAAAUGCGCAAAAGGUAUCCCUGAAAAUGAGUCCAUCGAGCAGAGGGCAGCACGGAUCCUGGGCAUAGCCGUUCCAGUGGAGGCAUUGGGUGUGGCUGACAACCAACUCUCCGAGGACAACCAGGACGAAGCAGACGCCACUGUAGCUGAGAAACGACUGAGUCCAAGCGAAGAGACACAGCAGGUGAUAGGAGAGUGUGAGCAAGUCAAUGAGGAGUCCCAUGUUGUCCAUGGGACAGAGACAGAGGCGAUGGAGACAAGAUUAGGUGUGGACCAAGAAGAAGGUAACAGACAAAAGCACAGCAGUUACCACAGUGAUGGUGAACACAUCCUGGAUGCUGAGACUCAGUCCGCCGUAGUACUGGACCUGCCUGAGUUCCCACCCAGUAAGCUUCUCCUCUCCCUGCCUGUCACUCCUGAUGAGAAGCUAGCACUGAGCAUGUGCAGCGGGGAGAAGAAGGGGCGAGGCGGGGCGUGCAAACUCAUCGAAUCCCUCCAAGAUAAGCUAAACUCUUCCGCCUCUUCAUGUGCUAUGUCUCCGGGAAGAUCAACCACAGACAGAAUGGCACGUCUGAAGGAGCUGGACUCGGUGUCUCGAAUCAGACGCCUCAGUCUCAAAGGUUCUGAGUCUGGAGGAGAAGCUGGUGCUGAGGAGAGAAAUGGAGACAGAGAGGAGGGCGAGGUUGAAGAAGAAGCAAAGGAGGAAGUUGAGGGGAAGCUAGAUGAAGAAGAGGAGAAGAGACAGGAGGAAGAAGGAAGGGAGGAGGAGGAAAACCCAGAUGAACAUGAGAAUGCACAUGAAACACAUGAGAAGCUGGGAGAUCCCGAAGAAGACUGUAAACCUGAAGAAGUGAAUGAAGUGAUAUGUGAGGAAGAGCAAAGACAAGACGAGGAGGAAGGAGAGAUUCAUGUUGAGAUUGCACUGAAAGUGGACAAUGAAGGGAGUGAAGAAGUCGAUGUUGAAUUAAAAACAGAAGAGCCAGAAGGAGAGGUGGAGCUGAAGAUAGUGGAGGAUGACAAAGAAAAGCCUGUGGAGGAGCUGAGAGAUGGACAGAACGCAGAGGAGGUCAGCAGAGCUGAAUCCACACAAGACGCUGAGGGAGAAAAGUUGCCCAAACCAAAGCAGCGCACCAGACUGCAGAAGCCUCCUCUGCUUCCGAAACCCCGCAGUGUUCCCAAGAGAGAAAUAACGCUGCCGCUCAGCUUCAGCUCUGGGACCUGCGGCCCCUCAAACAUGGAGGAUGAGGAGGUGCUCUCUGUCUCAGAUGCCUACGACCCCAGCCGGGUGGAGAGAGUGUAACCUCUGACACCGCCUUCACCACUGUGGAUAUCUGUCUUUCUCAAGUUAACAGCUUUUUCCAACAACAAAGGCUUUCAUCUCACCUCAUGGCUUUGUCAGCCAUGACCCCUCCAAUAUUGUUACACAUUACUCCUCACACAUCUGACUGUCCUGGUGCUGCGAGAGCAUUUUUACAGCCAAAUAAAGGCACCGGCGGUGCCAAUUCUCCAGGCCUUUUCAACCCUGUCGUCCUCGUCCUCCCAUUCUCUCCACUCCUCCAAAGUUUAUUUACUCAAGCAAGCGGACUUCCUCUUUUUGAAGUCAUCUUAUUUUGCUUUUGGAAAAAUGCAUGUCAUUAUUCCCAGUCUGCACUUGGGCUCCUUUUACGAGCUCGGGUGUUGAAAUAUGAAUGUAAAAGUGCUUCUGUUCAGCAAAACAAAAAGAAAUGUAACAGAAAAAAAACAAGAAGGCAACAUUAUUGCAUUACAAUCAGUAUUAACCUACACCAAAUGUAAAUAAGACAGAGUUAUAAGAUUUUAUUAAGAAUAUAAAAAAUCAAUUUACGACAUUUAAUUGCUGAAGAAAUGUAUAUUUUCUUAUCUAUGUUAAGAAAAGACUAGAUUUUUGGAAGUGUAGUCUUUGGGUGUAUUACUAAUAAUGAAACCCCCUGCUCUUUAUUCUUAUACUUGUGUGAUAGAGAAUGUACUCAGAGAGCUGGGAUUGCAAUGAGAAACACUGUGGUCCUUGAAUAGUUUCACUCUAGAGCAAUAUAGUUGUUGUACACGGGCGUCUGUGACACGAUUUGAGAAGUAAGUCUCCAUUUCAAGGAGCUGAUCUCAUUUAAACGUUUGCUUUGAAGCUCUGCUUUUUUGGUACAAGUGUUAGAUUUGCACUGCUGAGAUUAUUGGCUUUAUGCUACCGGCGAGCACCUGAUAAUCUCCUCAAAUACUCAGAGAUUACACUCGGAGAGGAAUCACGUUCGCACCCUCCCUCCGCUCUGGCGCCGUCAGUCUCAGCAUCGCCAAUCGCAACAUGUAUCAGAAACGUCUGAUGUUGGUGUUAUUUUUGUUAAUCCUCAUACUGUUCAAAAAGAAAAUCUAUAUUUUGUGGCAUUAACAGAAGUCUAUAUUUAACCGUGGGGUUUUCUUCGUUCAUAUCUUAGUUCCUGUGUGAUUUCAGAAGUGCUUCUUGCAGGAAAAUGAUAGAUGUAGCUAUAUUGAUCGCAGUGUGCCUUGUACACACUGUGUCUGUGGAGAACUUUGUUUGUGUGUGUAACACAUCCUGUAUUGUCGGUUUACAAUUCCUAAUUUAAACUGGACAUCUGUAAUUCAUUUUACUUUAACACACGAAAGACACAUUUGGAGUUGUUUUUGGCAAUAAUAAUAAAUAUUAAGCUAAUGAUGCUUAAUAUGGACGCUGUACAGAACAUAGCUGUUGGAAUACUAAUCACAGUAUCUGAACACGUUCACUAAUUUAAUGUUGACAUAUCAGUGCUUUGUAAAUUGUGGGCAUAACUGGCAGUUGGUUUACACUCACUUCACUUAAUGGGGUAGCAAUACAAUUAAAAACAUACCAAACCAAACUUUAUGCUAUGCAUUGGACAUCAAUAUUCACUGGGUUUAAGUACCAAAAUUCAAAGCUAAAACUGUAACUUCUGGUUUGCUUCUUUGACCCUGUCACUCUUCGAUCUGUAUUGUCGAGCUGUAUUUGAUGUUGAACCUGUUGGACGUGGUUAUAGACGUGCAUGGAGGCGGCUCCGACUCGAGUCCGCCAGCGGAAGCUCAGUCUGAGGUUUUUGUCUUUGUCCUGUUACCAACCCAGUACCCGUACCUCUGUGUUCCAGGUAAUGUGUUAUCUGGUCAUUCUCGUAGGUCUUUUUGUACUGCAACUUCUUUGUAACAUAAUAUAGACUAUUGGUGCACAUCUUGCUUUGAUAUUUUCUAUUUUCAUACAGAAGUAUGUACAGCUUCUUUUGUAUGCGCAGCAUCUUUUUUUUUUCUUUUUUUUGUGCAUGAAAUGCGUAAGACGUCACAGAGAGAAGGUGUAUUUGCAUAUAAUUGCAUUUGGUACUAUAUAGUCUAUCCAAUAAACAAGUGUUAUAUUUCAUAUAAUGUAUAUUUUAUUUUCAAAAGUUAAGCUACAUAUUUAAACAGAACAAGGUAUUUUUAGAUUAUUGUGAAAAGGGAACUGUUUUUGAAGGCACAAUAUUUGUCUAUAUUUCCUGUGAUCAUUAAAAUGGUCAUAAAUAGAGACAAGUGUGUGCUGUUGUACAGUGCU